AUAUAAAAAAAGCAAAAAAAACUUAAAAAAAUAAUUAAUUUCAUUAUCGCAAUGUUUAAAAAAUAAACUAUCACUCGUGUCAAAAAACAUGUAGCUUAUUAUAUUGCUAUAUUCGUAAAUAGUAUAAUGAAAAAAUAACAGCUUUUGAUGCUACAAUUAUUUUUUAUACUGAAUGAUAAUAUCAUAUAUGACAAAAAAAUAAUAAAAGAAUCAGUCUGAUAAUGGGCAAUGCUGGAAGUAAUCAACCAGUUGGACAUCACCACACAAGUAAUACAAAUAGAGAGCAUCGUCAUGUUAAAGAAUAUCCUCCACCUUCACCAGGGAAGGAAGGCCAAGCUUUUGUUUUUGAUAAAAAACCAAGCCAAAAAUUAGUUUUCCAAUCAUCUCAUGAAGAAGAAGAACCUUAUUUUGCUAAAAGUAACGCUCAUCAAGAUGGAGAUGAUUUUACUUCUCAACGUCCUCGUUCAAAUACAGUAUCCGAAGGUACUAAAGUAACAGAUAGUAAAGUAUUACCAACAGUUUUUAAAUGGGAAGGAGGUGGUAAACAAGUUUAUAUCAGCGGAACUUUUACUGGAUGGAAAACAUUACCAAUGGUUAAAAGUCAUGGUGAUUUUGUUACAAUUAUUGAUUUGCCAGAAGGAGAACAUCAAUAUAAAUUUUUUGUUGAUGGUGAAUGGAGACAUGAUCCAGAUAUUAAAAUUGUUGAUAAUGGUAUGGGUUCCAAAAAUAAUUUAGUAUCUGUAAGAAAAUCUGAUUUUGAAGUUUUCCAAGCUCUUGCAAAAGAUAGUGAAGGUGUUACAAGUAGCGCACAGACAGAAUAUGGACAAGAAAUUCCUCCUCAUAAACCUUGGGAGAAAGUUGCUGGCCCACCAAUAUUACCACCACAUUUACUUCAAGUUAUUCUUAAUAAAGAUACUCCUUUAUCUUGUGAACCAACACUUUUACCAGAACCAAAUCAUGUUAUGUUAAAUCAUUUGUAUGCUUUAAGCAUUAAAGACAGUGUAAUGGUUUUGUCUGCGACACACCGUUAUCGCAAAAAAUAUGUUACGACUUUAUUAUACAAACCAAUUUAAGGAUAUUAAAUCAUUCCUGAAGCGAUCAACUAUUGCUAGUUACAUCAAAUUAAUUAUACAUAUUUUGUAGAUAAGAUAAAUAUCGAUAUUCAAAAUAAUUAUUGGAAAGUUGACAAUGCAUGAAGUUUGUUGUAUAUCAAAUGUUAUAUAAUGUAAUUAUUAUUUAUUAAAAUUAUUUUAUAUUAGA